GGACCGAGGUGAGCGGCGCAGAUCUCCUUUCGUCAGGAUGGUUCAUGGCUCCACCGAGGAAGGUUCUCAGUGCAGAAGAGAUUGCUGCAAGGAAGGCGCGGAAGGCAGAAAGGCGAAGAGCUCGCGUGCCCAGCGAAGAAGAGAAGGCUCGCCUCGCGGCGGCGAAACGAAAAAGGAGAGCCCAGAUGACAGAAGAAGAGAGAGUACGACAGGCAGACGCAGGCCGACAAAGAAGAGCCCAAAUGAGUGCAGAAGACAAGGCUCGACACGCAGAAGCGGAACGUAAAAGAAGAGCUCAAAUGAGCCAAGAAGAGAAAGCACGACGGGCCGCAUUCGAGCGAGAGAGAAGAAAACGCAAGUCGGAGCACUGGUGGAGAGAUAUACCCGAGAAGAACUUGCCAGCAGCAGGCACCGCUUCUUGCAGCGGAUGUAGGAGCGGUCGCAAAUACGACCCUGCGCGCUCCAUUGGGGUGCAGGUGGUUGCCCGUGCCCACAGCAAGAGCACGCAGACUUCACUCCCUGACACAGCCAAGAGCGAGAAGAGGAGCAGGAGUAAUAAAGCGUACUUGUGCCAGGUGUGCUCCAGGGGCUUUACAUCAAAGUGUGGCUUGGCAAAGCAUUCCAGGACGAUUCACGGGGGAAUCAAGACACACGAGUGCACCCUCUGUGACUACCCGUUUCGAGACAGGAGCGACCUGCACAGACACCAACUGUCGGUGCACUCCAACGAGAGCAAGUUGGACUCCGAAUAGUGAGACAUCCGACGGCGAGUGCGCGAUGAAAUGACGCCGCGGAGAAGUCCGCGACGACUAAAGCUCGCAGCGAAUUCACCGCGCGUGAGGAUGAAUUUAUUUGGUGAACAUAUUGACCGAAAAACACGAGCGUUAUUAGUUUGGGCAGAGAUGCAUGCCUGCGAACUGCCCCGGAUUAUCCGGGAGACUCCCGAAUUUUCGUUCACACUCCCGGAAAAUUGGGGCCUUGGGCUUUUCUGUUCUCGUUGUCCUCUCUCAAACGUGUCACUGAUGAAUUAGACAGUCCGUAACACGUGUUUUGUGGCAUGGCCAUCCAUGGCUGGAGGUU